AUGGAACAUAAAAACAAUCCCCCAGCGGCGUCAGUUGGUCCUAGUCCGUUAGACAGGGAGAUCGCACAAGACGAGCUAGAGUUCGAAAUAUACGGAGGGAAUGAUAUCCAUGACCCACCGUCGAAAGAAGUAGCCUCGAUCACACCGACACCAACUUUUACAGAGCCGGCCCAAGAUCCCAACCGUGUAUUUUGGAAUGGCGCCAACGAUCUGGAAAAUCCUCAGAACUGGUCAGUCCGCCGUAAAUGGGGCAUUACCGCGGUGUGCAUCAUGAUGACGGUUAACGUUACGUUUGCUUCAUCUGCUCCGACAGCUGCAACACAUGCGGUCAUCGCCACCUUCGGUAUUUCUGCUGAGGUAUCUUAUCUCAUGACGACGACCUUCCUUCUGGGCUAUGUAUUUGGGCCGCUAUUUUGGGGUCCGGGUUCGGAGCUGUGGGGCAGACGUCCUAUUUUCCUCAUCGCCAUGAUAUCCUACACUGUACUUCACCUCGGACAAGCACUUGCGAAGAACAUCGAAACGUUACUCGUUACUCGAUUCCUUUCCGGAUUUUUUGCCGUCGCGCCGAUGACGAAUUGUGGUGGUGUUAUAGCGGACAUUUGGUCUGCCGAGACUCGCGGGCUUGCUACUAGUCUCUUUACCGCGAGCGUGUUUAUGGGCCCUGUCAUGGGCCCCAUUGUCGCUGGAUACAUCGUCGAGAGCUCCUUAAGCUGGCGAUGGGUAUUUUGGGUCAUGAUGAUGUUCGCCGGAGCGUGCACAUUGCUGAUGAUAAUCCUCCUACCCGAAACAUACGCACCCGUUCUCCUUCAGAAACGCGCCCGGCGGCUAAGGAAGGCCGACCCCGAGAAGAAUCAUGCGAUCUACGCUGAGCAUGAACGGAGCGAUUGGUCUUUCAAAGGCGUCCUGCACCGCACGCUCUUCAGACCGUUCAAGAUGUUAGCUAUGGAGCCUAUCCUCCUCCUCGUAACGUUUUACGUCUCCAUAGUCUAUGCCAUUCUCUAUGCCCUUUUCCAGGCGUUCCCGAUCAUCUUCGUGAGCAAGCGCGGGUUUACAAUCGCCCAAGACGGCCUUAUCUUCAUCGGCAUCGGCAUCGGGACGAGUUUGGGGUCUCUCAUUAAUGUCUUCACGAGUAGGCACUACCCAGCCCUGAUUGCUAAGUGGAAGGGCUUCCCACCUCCGGAAGAACGGCUGUACGGGGCGAUGAUCGGUGGCCCUUGUCUGGUCGUUGGGAUCUUCUGGCUGGGGUGGACGGGCGAGUAUUCCUCUAUCCCAUGGUAUGUGCCCGCCCUCAGCUCGCUGUUCCUCGGCACCAGCAUCAGCUUGAUCUUCAUAUCAUUCCUGAGCUAUUUGGUGGAUACGUAUUUGAUGUACAGUGCGUCCGCUUUCGCAGCAAACACGAUGUGUCGUUCGGCCGCCGCCGCGGCCUUCCCGCUAUUCACGGUGCAGAUGUUUACUAAGAUGGGCGUAAACUGGGCGUGUACACUCUUCGGUAUACUCGGCUUGAUACUCGCUCCAUCACCAUUUCUGUUCAAGAAAUAUGGGCCGCGCAUUCGUGCGCACAGCAAGUUUGCUCCCUGUAUUGAUCUACGCAUUGCGAAGGAGCUUGAGGCAGAAGCCUUGGCGAAGGAAGAGAAAGUUUGA